AUGCCGCCUCAGCUGGAGCACCAUGAGCAGCAGACAGCCGGAGGUGGUGGCCACCGAGCAGCUGCAGCUCCUCCUCCUCCCAACAGCAUGCCCACCUUUAGCAGCAGCGGCACUCCCUCUCCUACUUCUGUUUCUGCCACCACCACCAACCCCUCUGGCGCCGUCGUCCACCCCACCACCUCCAGCCCGCCGUCGUCGGCCGCCUCCGCCCGCCCUGCCGCCAACUCCUUCCCUCUCGUCCUAAAGUUUGAGGAGGUGGUGUACAAGGUGAAGCUCGGGAAGCCGACGGCCGGAUGGUGCGACAAGCUGUCGGCGGCCACGGCAAGCAUGGCGGUCGGCUGCGGCGGGGACGGUACGAGUAAGAACAAGAAGGCCACUGCGUCGGCGGCAGGGUCGUCUUCGUCGCGGGCGCGGGAGAAGACCAUCAUCAGCGGUAUGUCCGGGGUGGUGCGGCCGGGGGAGAUGCUAGCGAUGAUGGGCCCAUCCGGGAGCGGCAAGACGACGCUGCUGACGGCGCUAGGCCGUCGUCACGGCGGGCGUGCGGUGCUGUCGGGAAAGAUAACCUACAACGGGCAGCCCUUCUCAGGCGCCGUGAAGCGCCGCACCGGGUUCGUGACGCAGCACGACGUGCUGUACCCGCACCUGACGGUGUCGGAGACGCUGUGGUACACGGCGGCGCUGCGGCUGCCCCGGUCGCUGAGCGCCGGCGAGAAGCGCGCGCAGGCGGAGGCCGUGGCGCGCGAGCUCGGGCUGGCCAAGGUGGCCGGGAGCAUGGUGGGCGGCGUCCGCGGCGUGCGCGGGCUGUCCGGCGGCGAGCGCAAGCGCGUCAGCAUCGGGCUGGAGAUGCUGGUGGACCCGAGCCUGCUGCUCCUGGACGAGCCCACCUCCGGGCUCGACUCCACCACGGCGGCGCGGAUCGUCGGGACGCUCCGCCGGAUGGCGGCCCAGGGCGGGCGCACCGUGGUGGUCACCAUCCACCAGCCGUCGUCCAGGCUGUACCACAUGUUCGACAAGGUGCUGCUGCUGUCCGCCGACGGCUGCCCCAUCUACUACGGCCGCGCCGCCGACGCGCUCGAUUACUUCGCCUCCGUGGGCUUCGCGUCGCCGCUCUCCCUCAACCCCGCCGACCUCAUGCUCGACCUCGCCAACGGUAUCGCGCCGCAGACGACGAGCGGCGACGGCGCCGACGGGAUGGCGGCGCUGACCGGCGGCAGCGAGAGCGAGCACAAGGAGGUGCGCGCCAGGCUGGCCGCGGCGUACGAGCGCCACAUUGCGCCGGCGGUGAAGCUGGACAUCUGCGCCCGGGAGACAACGGCGUUGCCGGCGGGCAGCGCCGGCGGGCACGCGUCGUCAGCGCGGCGGCGCGCGUCGUCGAAGUCGUCCUCGGAGACGUGGACGACGGGGUGGUGGACGCAGUUCCUGGUGCUGGUCCAGCGCGGGCUCAAGGAGCGCCGGCACGAGUCGUUCAACAAGCUGCGCGUGUUCCAGGUGCUGAGCGUGGCGACGCUGGCGGGGCUGCUGUGGUGGCGCACCCCGGCGUCGCACCUGCAGGACCGGACAGCGCUCAUCUUCUUCUUCUCCGUCUUCUGGGGCUUCUUCCCGCUCUACAACGCCGUGUUCACGUUCCCGCUGGAGCGGCCCAUGCUGGUGAAGGAGCGGUCGUCGGGGAUGUACCGCCUCUCCUCCUACCUCGCCUCGCGCGCCGCCACGGACCUGCCCAUGGAGCUGGGCCUGCCCACGGCGUUCGUGCUCAUCCUCUACUGGAUGGGCGGGCUGGACCCGCGCCCGGGACCGUUCCUCCUCUCCCUCGCCGUCGUGCUCUACAGCGUGCUGGUGGCGCAGAGCCUCGGGCUCGCCAUCGGCGCCGUGCUCAUGGACGUCAAGCAGGGGACAACGCUCGCCUCCGUCAUCACCAUGGUCUUCCUCAUCGCCGGUGGGUACUACGUGCAGCACAUCCCGCCGUUCGUCGCGUGGCUCAGGUGGCUCAACUACAGCUUCUACUGCUACCGACUCCUGCUCGGGAUCCAGUUCCCCAACGGCGGCGGGUACUACGACUGCGACGGACACGGCAAGCUCUGCCCCGUCGCCGAAUUCCCGGCCAUCAAGGCCGUCGGGCUCAACAACCACUGGGUCGACGUCUGCGUCAUGGCGCUGCUGCUCGUCGGAUACCGCGCCGUCGCGUACAUUGCGCUCGACCGCCUCAAGCCCAGGUGA